AUUUCCCUAUUGGCCGGAUGGGGCUACCCUCCCCGCCGCGGCCGCUGCUGAUGUCAGCCCCGGCGCGCUCGCUCCUCCCGCACCACCUCCCGGCCCCAGGCUCCCUGCGGCUCGGCGCGGACUCUCGGCCCCGGCGCGCCGGCUGCAAACUCGCGGGCGCGCACGGCGCUCGGGGGGCCCAGGGGCUCGGGGGAGGGGACGCGCGCACGGAAGGCGCCAGCUUCCUCUCGCCCGCCCCUGGCAGCCGCCCGCCGAGGGUGGAGGCACCGGGGCCCGGCCGGGUAGAGUCGAGCGGCGGCGGCGGCGACGGCUUCCCCUUUUCUCUCCCAGCUCAGCACGGGAGCGGCUCAGGGACCUGUCCCGCAAAGCGCAGGAAACCUUGUUUACCGCCCAGGAAGAGGCGCCGAGCGAGCCUUUGUCUGGCCGGGGAGCAGCAUCUCGGCUCCCGGUGACAUUAGCGCGGGGCGCGCCGACCGGGCUGGGCUCUUCUGCCUCCCCAGGCGAACUGAGCGGUUGACUUCGGUGCAUUUCCUUCCAAUUUUUGGAAAGCUCUGCCUUCCUCGCUUGCCCAUUGCCGGGCAUGUCCUGAUUCGGCGACUGCUGCGACCGCCCCGGGGGCUGCCGAGCCAAGCCGUCUGCAGCGGGAGGUCCACCUUUCUCUCUCUCGCUCCCUGACUUUGCAACACCGCGUUCCGGGAGGACCACCUCACCGAGGAAAAGGCGGGGAGCCGCGAGCGCUGGGACCCAAAACCUUGACAUGCUCUGGGGUUCGGAGGAGGAAGCCCGGAGCUGAGCGCGCACCGCCGCGGCUGCCUCGCCAGUCUGCGCCCAGCGCCCUGCCCUGUGCCGGGGCGGCAGUCUCACUGGUCUGGGGGCGCCCCCCGCCCCAAAACACCCUAGUUCACGCCCCAGGGUCCGCGGCCGGCAGGACCAUGCUUCUGAAGGAGUACCGGAUCUGCAUGCCGCUCACCGUGGAUGAGUACAAAAUUGGACAGCUGUACAUGAUCAGCAAGCACAGCCACGAGCAGAGUGACCGCGGCGAAGGGGUGGAGGUCGUGCAGAAUGAGCCCUUCGAGGAUCCGCACCACGGCAACGGCCAGUUCACAGAGAAGCGCGUAUACCUCAACAGCAAAUUGCCGAGUUGGGCCCGAGCUGUUGUUCCCAAGAUAUUCUAUGUCACCGAGAAGGCUUGGAACUAUUAUCCCUAUACCAUCACAGAAUACACAUGCUCCUUCCUGCCGAAAUUCUCCAUUCAUAUAGAAACCAAGUAUGAAGACAACAAAGGAAGCAACGACAGUAUUUUUGACAAUGAAGCCAAAGACCUGGAGAGAGAAGUUUGCUUUAUUGAUAUUGCCUGUGAUGAAAUUCCAGAACGUUACUACAAAGAAUCGGAGGAUCCUAAACACUUCAAGUCCGAGAAGACGGGCCGGGGACAGCUAAGGGAAGGCUGGAGAGAUCACCACGAGCCCAUCAUGUGCUCCUACAAGCUGGUGACUGUCAAGUUUGAGGUCUGGGGACUCCAGACCAGAGUGGAACAGUUCGUUCAUAAGGUGGUCCGAGACAUCCUGCUCAUUGGACAUAGGCAGGCUUUUGCAUGGGUUGAUGAGUGGUAUGAUAUGACAAUGGAUGAUGUUCGGGAAUACGAGAAAAACAUGCAUGAACAAACCAACAUAAAAGUUUGCAAUCAGCAUUCCUCCACUGUGGAUGACAUAGACAGCCAUGCCCAAACAAGUACAUGACAAUGGAUGAAGUCCGAGAGUUCGAGAGAGCCACUCAGGAAGCUACCAACAGAAAAAUCGGCGUAUUCCCCCCUGCCAUUUCUAUCUCGAGCAUUCCCCUGCUGCCUUCCUCCGUCCGCAGUGCUCCAUCCAG